AUGUUCGAUUUGAAAACCGAUGCUGGCUUGGCAUCGUUUGAUGAACACCUGAAGGAUUUUCCAUACGCCACAGGGUAUACACCAUCCGGUGAAGAUGUGGCACUUUUCCGUCAUUUUGGCUCCGCGCCAAGUGCCAAAUAUGCGAAUAUUUCACGCUGGUUUAGAAAUAUUGGAAGUUAUGGUGACAACGAACGAAAAGGAUGGCCCAGUACUGCUGGAUCGUCAGCAUAUGAGGAGAGGAAAGCGAAGAAGCCAGCAUCGGUUGCAAAAUCGAACAUUAUUUUCGAUGUGAAACCGUGGGAUGAUUCAAUUGAAAUGGCCGAUAUCGAGAAAAAUAUUCGUGCCAUCGAAACGGAUGGCCUUGUUUGGGGAACUGCAAAAGUUCUACCUGUUGCUUAUGGCAUCAAAAAACUUCAAAUCUGCUGUGUGGUAGAGGACGAGAAAGUAUCAUCGGAUUGGCUGGAGGAACAGAUCACCGGAUUUGAAGAACUGGUACAAUCCGUCGAUAUAGUGGCCUUCAACAAAGCAAUGUUCAGCGCAAAUUAG